AUGCCCUCUAUCAUCGAAGAAAGCUCUCCUACCGUUGUUGACGUUGCAAUCUGCGGCGGCGGACCAACUGGUCUCGCAACAGCACUGCUGUUGAAGCGACUAGGCGUUUCGGUCUGUGUUGUCGACGCCAAGCCGGCAAGUCUUGAGCUAGGCCGCGCCGACGCCUUGAAUGCAAGAACGCAACAGUACCUCGAGGUUGCUGAUCUUCUGAGCGAGUUGCUGCCCCAAGGAAUCUCAUGCAACACCAGCUCUACAUUUGGCGAUGGGGAAUUCAAGUCCAGACAGAACCAGUGGUGGGUGAGCCUCGAGCACACCUUGCACAGGAACUUCCUCAUGCUUGGCCAGCCCAUCAUUGAAAGGAUGCUAGCCGAGAAGCUGGGCGACGACGUCCACUACAACGAGCAGGUCGCUUCCAUCAGCGAAGAUGACGACGGCGUGAUCGUCGUGACGAGCAGCGGGCGCACAAUCCGCAGCAAAUACGCUCUUGGCGCUGACGGCGCCCGAUCCAUGGUGCGCAAGGCCAUUGGUGCCACAUUUAGCGGCACCAAGCCCGAGAUGCUCUGGGCGGUUCUGGACACGUUCAUUGAGACCGACUUCCCGCGAUGCUCUGAGAUUAUCACAUUUCAGCUGAAUGGGCAGUCCCGCGUGUCGUGGAUCCCGCGCGAGCGUGGCCUGUGCCGCUUCUACGUGCUGCUCGAGGGCGAAGUGUCCCGCGAGCUGGCGCAGCAGUCCAUCAAAGAUCAUAUGGCACCCCACAAGGUUGAGUUUACCAAAACCGAGUGGUACAGCACAUUUGACGUCAAGGAGCGAAUUGCAUCUACUUUCCUGUCCAAGGAUGGCGCUGGCCGCAUCUUCCUAGGAGGCGAUGCCGCGCACGUUCACUCGGUCAAUGGUGGCCAAGGUCUGAACACUGGCAUUGCUGACGCCUUCAGUCUUGCCUGGCGGCUCGCCAUGGUCAUCAACCAGCCCAGCAUGGACAAAGAGGCCGCUCGCAAGCUGCUCCUGAGCUAUGACACGGAGCGUCGAAGCACUGCCCAGGGCGUCAUUGAUGUGGCCGCCGCGCUGGUCCGCGACACUGUCCGCGAGGCGAAGACCUACGUUGGUACAAUUGAGAAGAAUGCUGGAUACAUCACCGGCAUGGGCGUCUCGUAUGAAGCCUGCGGCUCGCCUCUUGUGGAAGAGUCGACGCAUGGUAUAUGGAAAGCAGGCUUCCGAUGCCCUGACAUGGUGAUUAAGCCCCUCAUCGCCAAGACCGAGAGACGAUUGUACUCGGAAGCGAGCUAUGGAAACUACCUGUUAUUGUCCGUUGGCGAGACCCAAUCUAGUAAUGAUCUGGGCCCCGCGGUCGCCAAGUACUCCAUUCUUCCAGAGGGCGCGACAGCUCCAGAAAGCAACGCUGAGAGCACAUAUACUGCCGAAUGGGUGACGAAAGAUGAUGUUUUCCACGUCGUUGUUCGGCCGGACAUGUAUAUUGCGUUUGUGAGCGAGAGUCUUGAGGCUUGCGAGUCGCAUAUUAACAAGGUAUUCCGUGCAUAG